AAGUGGGUAUUGAAAUUGGUGGUUUUACGGUGCGUCUGAGUCGAUAAUGGCUCUUUCAUCACCUUCAUUCUUUUCUGGUUUGGCAACUCCUUCCAAUAGAAACAGACACAUUCACAAGUUUCGGUGUUCGACCUCUGUGGUAACUACAAAUUGUUGUAAGCAAGGCGAAUUUCAGAAUGUGGUCACGGAUUAUGUCUCUUCAAAUCAGUUUCCUGUUUCCCGUACUGAUAGACAGUCUGCAAUUCUUCACAUUCAGGAGUCAUCUGACUUGGCUUCUGCUCUUGCAAGGCAUGGUGAUACACUUAAAGUACAAGAUAUGAAUGUGAUUUUGCGCUAUUUCGGGAAGCUAAAUAGAAGACGGGAGCUUUAUCAGGUGUUUGAAUGGAUGCAGCAGAAUCAGAAGAUCAAUGUUGCAUCAUACAGCAGUUAUGUAAAGUUCAUGGGGAAGAGCCUCAGUUGUGUUGAUGCUGUAGAAAUGUACAGAGACAUCAAAGACAGGUCGAUGAAGUAUAAUGUCUCAGUCUGUAAUGCAUUUCUUAGUUCCCUGAUAAAAAACGGAAAAUCGGAGAGCAGUCUCAAACUGUUUACUCAAAUGAAGCGAGAUGGUUUAGUACCAGAUGUAUUCACAUAUAGCACGCUUCUUGCAGGCUGUGCCAAAGUAAACGGUGGAUACUAUAAGGCACUAGAGCUGGUUCAGGAGCUGAUGUCUAAUGGACUGGAAAUGGAUAGUGUGACUUAUGGGUCACUCCUUUCUGUCUGUGCUUCACAUAAAGAGUGCAAUGAAGCUGCAAAGUACUUUCAGAAGAUGAAAGAUGAAGGUCAUUCUCCUAAUGUCUACCACUAUAGCUCUUUGCUUAAUGCUUACUCUGCUGACAGAAAUUACGAGAAGGCUGAGGUAUUGAUUGAAGAGAUGAGAUCUGCAGGAUUAGUAUUAAAUAAGGUAAUCUAUACAACUUUGUUGAAGGUAUACGUGAAAGGAGGUUUGUUUGAGAAGUCAAAGGAACUGCUAAAGGAGUUAGAAGCUCUUGGCUAUGCUAAGGAUGAGCUGCCAUUUUGUCUUCUAAUGGAUGGCCUGGCAAAGUCUGGACAUCUUCUUGAAGCAAAAUCAGUAUUUGAUGAGAUGAUGGAAAAACAGGUGAAAACUGCAGAUGGCUACUCCUAUAGCAUUAUGAUUUCUGCAUUCUGUCGCAGUGGGCUUCUCGAAGAUGCAAAGAAAUUGGCUUCUGAAUUUGAAGAAAAAUAUGACAAAUAUGAUAUAGUUAUUUUGAAUGCGAUGCUCUCUGCCUAUUGCAGAGCAGGAAAAAUAGAGAAUGUAAUGAGCAUGAUGAAGAAGAUGGAUGACUCUGCAAUUAGUCCUGAUUGGAAUACUUUUAACAUUCUGAUAAGAUAUUUCUGCAAGGAGAAGCUAUAUUUGCUUGCCUAUCGUACCAUGGAGGACAUGCAUAGUAAAGGUCACCAACCAGAGGAGGGACUUUGUUCCUCUUUAAUUUAUCAUCUUGGUAAGACAGGUGCACAUUCAGAAGCAUUUUCUGUAUACAACAUGUUGAGAUAUAGCAAAAGAACCAUAUCCAACGCCCUUCAUGAGAAUAUUUUGCACAUUUUGAUUGCUGGGCGGCUCCUCAAAGAUGCUUAUGUGGUAGUCAAGGACAAUGCAGGAUUCAUCUCUCCGCCGGCUAUCAAAAAAUUUUCUGUCAACUUCAUGAGAUCUGGCAACGUAAACUUAAUCAAUGAUGUGAUGAACGCCAUGCAGAGCUCUGGCCACAAGAUUGAUCAGGAAUUAUUUGAUUUGGCUAUAGCACGCUACAUUGCAAAACCAGAAAAGAAGGAAUUACUUCUCUGGUUACUGAAGUGGAUGCCUGGUAAAGGUUAUGCUAUUGAUUCAUCAACUAGAAAUUUGAUUCUGAAGAACUCUCACUUGUUUGGCCAUCAACUUAUUGCUGAGUCAUUGUCCAAGCACCUUGUGAUGUCAAAAAAGGCGAAACUUAAGAAGGAAAAUGCAAGAUAACUGAAGCUAUAUGGUGAAGUUGGACAUUAGUUUGCUGUAUAGAGAAGUUUGAUAUGUUGCAGGUCUUAAGCUGAUAAUUUUGUUGCUGAGGCAGCUCUAUUUUCGGAAGCAAUUUCCACCACUCUCAAGCUUAAUGUUAACUGCAGCAAUGCAUUUAACAACUUGAAACAGAUUUCUGAGGGUGUCACAUGAAGCAUGCCAAUAACCAGCAACUCCAUUCAUGUUAUAGGAUAAACGUUCAAUUUUCUUAUCGUAUUUAAUUGAGCUUCGACAUUCUCAGUGCCUUGUGUAGAGCCAUUCCUGAUUGUCACAGACAAGUUUGGAAAUAUCAGUUGCAUUAUUGCAUACCUUAUACGUCUUCAAAGGCACAAACUUUCAGCAAAAGGUAUUUCCUUGCAAUGUAUUUGUUCCUAGAUCUCGAGUAUAAGUGUUAAUCCUUUUUCAAA